CCUGCCCGGUCGUUCUACGUUACGGUUGGGGCCCUGAGCCCUGCGUCCCGGCCGCUUUUUUUGCGCUUCUUCAGGACCAGCCCGGGAAGACAGUGAGCGGCAUGGGGCCGACCUCGGCGCUUUGUGCUGGCUGCGAUCCCCUGUAAUGGGAGUGCUGCGCACCCGCCCUGGGUCCCUGGGGCCCCAGGAGGCGGCGCCCUGGGACCUGUGCACGUUUGCACUGUGAAGUGACGGGCGGCGGGCGGGCAUCCGACUCAGUGUAAGUGUGGGGUCGGCCGAGCUCAUACGGCCGGCUCGGAUCCAAUGGUGGCGGCUCAGACCUCUCACUCGGACCCCACCACAUGGCCCGGGACCCCCCAGGGGGGCGGAGACGACCGGUGUCCCUGGACUCUUCUCCGUUCCCUUCCUUCGCUGCUGGGGACCCUAGGGUCUCCCGAAGCAGGGGUUAUGUGGAAAGACCGUCAUUUCUCGAAUACAUCAGGACAAGGUGUGGGAGGCUGUUUCAAGCACAGGCACCGGGAUGUGCAAAUGCUUGGAGGCUCUGCCUUUCUUCUUCUCCCAGGAGCAGCUGUCUUCCCACAGCUGAGUAUGAACACUGCUUCCUCCCCUGACCUACCUGCUGUGUGUGCAGAGCUGGGCUGCAGGACUUGCAUCUUCCAAGUUCUGUCUGGCUGCCACUUGAAACAGGGCAAAAUGCACUGGUGCCUGAUGUGGUGGGUAUGUCUGCAGCCAUUGCAAGAGAGGCUGAGAGGGGGCCUGGCUGUCGUGAAUGGGAGCUGGGGGAGACGUGAGGUGAGGCUGGGCUCACACUCUACUUUGCACUUGCUGUGUCCACUAGUGCUUAUGGCAGGGGCCAGUGGCCACAUCUUACUCCCACUUUUCUACUUUGUCCCUGUCCGUCCACGAUGGAUAACCCCACUGCUUUGAUCUUUGUGUCUCCCCCAUUCUCCUCAUCCUCUCCCUUUGCAGGGCCAUCCCACAUCAGACUACACUCAGUUCACGAGGAGAUGAGCGCAUGUGCUCAUACAGACUUGAGCACCAGGUGCCCAGCUGCAGCUGGAUUUUCCUGGGCUUGCGCACACCGCUCUUUGUCCCUGUUCCCUGUCACACAUCGCCUAUACUGGGUCCUGCUGAAAGCUAAGGAGUGAGUGGGAGUCCCUGACUCUCAUCCCAGCCUGGACCCCACACCUGCAUUCUCCUACAUGCUGAGGACUCGUCUCCUGUGGCUUUCUUUCUUUCUUUUUUUUCAAAUUUUACUUAUUUU